AUGUGCGUUCAACGAUACUUUUCGAAUCAAGGCAUUCCUGGACGAUAUAUACCAAUAGUUGGUGAUAUAUUACAUCAACGUCGAGCCUGUCUCGCCGAUAAACCAUUCAGUUAUGUUGAAGAGACAACUGUUGAAUUUGGUGAUUACUAUCAUACAUCAUUCGGUCCAUUUCCUUGUUUGAAUACAAGUGAUCCAACACUGAUAGAAAGUGUUUUAAAAAUAAAUAGUCGAUUCUAUCAUAAAUCUGAACUUUCAAGAGCCAUUGCUUCAACCGUAUUGGGCUAUGAAAAUAUUGUAUUGGUCGAAGACGAAAAUCAUGCACGACAUCGACGAUUAAUUAAUCCAAUUUUUCAACAUCAAACUAUCAAUUCAAUGAUAUCACUCAUGAUUGAUAUUACAUUAAGUUUUUUGACAAAAUGGCAAAUCAAUACAGUUGAUAAAGCUUAUCCAUUGAUAUUCGACAUAUCGAAAGAGAUGUCAAAUCUAACAUUGGAUAUUAUAACUGGCUGUGUAUUUGGUAACGAAGCAAUGAAAGAUAUAUGA